GACCGUUCUCUAAUUAAAGAGAGAUAUGACUGGUGGUGUGUUUAACCUGAGUGUCAGGCGGUUCGGAAGGAGAAAACAUUAGUCUCUCACUAUCUCUCCACCUUCGGGUGUCACGCAGGCAGACAACAGUUAUUAAAAUUGUUAUUUUUUUCCUGUAUCACGGAAAAUAACCUAACCUACUGACGAACUGAAAAGACAUAAAGCAAUGUAGAAUCAGCGCCGAUUUUAUAAUUACAUAUAGUGAGUGUAAUUACUGACACAACUCCCUAUUGGGAGAAUGGAACAUUGUGUCUGCGACAUUGGGCAAGUUUUACAACGUGUAAGAUCGGGCAGUCACGCCUGGGUUUCACUCUGCAGAAUGUAGACUCCGCCCUGAGAUUAGAACAGGGUUCGGGAACUAAUGCAAGCCGUCAUUCGUCCGGCUCCACACCUUAGCUGCACCUCUGGAGGUAUUUAGUCACCUGUAAACCACCACGACUGGAGUCUCUCCUCCCGGUGAACGCUUCCCUCAAGGUAUUCUGACGAGUGAACCUAAAGCUAGUUGAACUCAGAGGUGACAGAAGACAUGGUGAAGCCAAUCUUCCUCCAUCUUUUCAAAUGCAAUAAUCAGCUCCCUCUUUCACCACCCCCACCAGCCUGGGGUUGGCAUGCCAGGUACAAGCCCCAGAAUCUCAAGGAGUAAACAACCAAAACAUGUGGGUGGAUACUUUCGGCCAGAAAUCGAAAAACCAGAUCAGCAACCUCUCCAGGAGUAAGAUUUGCACAGCCAGCCAAUGUGGAGAGGUGGCAGCUGCCCACCAGAAGCUCACCCAAACAGCUGUUUUUUGCAGAGUGAGACUGAAAACCGCCCUUACUCAUGAUCAACUUGGAAAAAUUCUGCUGCAAUGAGAUGCUACUGGAAACGAUCGGUGAUGGUGGUUGGUUUCUUCCUAUUUGUUUGUCUUUUCAUGUUCCUCUUUAUGAACAAUGAAGAAGGGAGCAUAUUGGAAGAAGAAGAAAAGAGAUUGGCCAAAGAAAUAGCUGUCCAGCAGUUGUAUUCAGAGAGGAAUGUGCAGAACUUCAGGGAGCUGAUAAACUUUUCUGCACCUAUUAAUGUCACCUAUCAAUAUUUAGCAGGUUAUCCUUUACUGAAAAAGAAAUAUCUUACAGUAGGACUGUCUUCAGUGAAACGAAAACGUGGGAAUUAUCUCUUUGAAACGUUAAAAUCCAUAUUUGAUCAGUCCACAAAUGAAGAGCUCACUGAGAUGGUGGUGGUCGUACACUUAGCAGACUUUGACAUGGCUUGGAAUGCACAAAUAGUUCAACAGGUUUCCAGAAAAUUUGCUCACCAUAUUAUCUCUGGCCACUUGGUUAUCAUUCAUGCUCCCCAAAUGUACUAUCCAUCUCUAAAAGGUCUGAAACGAAAUUAUAAUGACCCAGCAGAUCGUGUGACUUUCAGGUCAAAACAAAAUGUCGACUAUGCUUUCCUGCUCAAUUUCUGUGCAAACUUAUCCGAAUAUUACCUAAUGCUGGAAGACGACGUUCAAUGUGCCCGUUCUUUCCUAACAGCAAUCAAGAAAGUCCUUGCUUCGAAGGAGGGUUCCUAUUGGGUGACAUUGGAGUUUUCCAAGUUGGGUUAUAUCGGAAAACUUUACCAUUCUACUGACCUUCCAAGAUUGGCCCACUUUCUCCUGAUGUUUUAUCAGGAGAUGCCAUGUGACUGGUUACUGAUUCAUUUUCGAGGCCUUCUCACUCAAAAAGAUGUCAUCCGCUUUAAGCCUUCCCUUUUUCAGCAUAUUGGAUAUUAUUCCUCUUUCAGAGGGACUGAAAAUAGGUUAAAGGAUGAUGACUUUGAAGAGGACUUCUUUGAUAUUCCUGACAACCCUCCAGCGACUAUCUACACAAGUCUCAAAGUAUUUGAGAACUAUGACCCCAGCAAAGCUUACAGUAAUGGUGAUGCGUACUUUUGGGGAAAAUCACCCUCCACUGGAGACUACUUCAGUAUUGUAUUCAUGAAGCCAAUGAAUGUUACCAGAAUCCAUGUUGUCACUGGUUCAGAAGAUAGGCAUAAUGAUAUUCUUCAUUCUGGCAUCCUUGAAGUUGGAAAGAAUCCAAAAAUAACGCAGAAGGGUAAAGAUUGCUCAGACUAUGUUAAACUAAAUGAGUUCCAAAAAGGACUGUUUGAUAAAAAAGAUAUCAAUACCAUCAUUGAUUUCAGUGUAGACUGUGUGCGAAUAUCUAUAACAAACAGUCAAAAAGACUGGCUAAUUAUUAGAAGCAUCAGUAUUUGGGUAAAGCCCAACAACCCUCUAUGACGACAAUAUAUCCCCAAGUAUCAUUCUCUUCCUUACUCUCCUUAGUGACUCAUGCUGGGACAUAGUUCUGUGAGUGUAUCUUACUAAAUGGUUUCUUGUUUGUGAGUGAGCUUAGACAGUAAAUGAUGUCAGCCUAUUCAUUGAAACAGUGCCACAGCUCACUCAUGUCCUGGCACCUUUUAGGAGUGUGGUAAAUGGUGAUUGGGAACAAAGCCUUGGUUGAUUUGGACCCCCUGCCCUUAUCUCAGUCCAAGGAUAUUGAAAUGCGAAGUUUGUUUUCAAAGCCAAUUGAAAUUAUAUUAGUGCGUCUCACUUACUAAGUUGAACUGAACACCUACCAAUUAAUUAUAUUUUCAGAUCAAUAAAAACU